GAGCGAACACUGGAUGGUUUAGGUGCGUGGUUAUUUUGUGUUUUCGUGAUGUGACAUUCCUACAGCGAAAAUAGUAAAAAUGCAAUCGAAACAACUGCUGAUACAAUGUCUCUGGAUUGUGUCGAUGUUCGUACUUGCUGACGCCAGAAUACACAAACUUGAAAUACGGAAAGACAUACGCAGAUAUAUUGCCCUGAGUACGUUUGGUUUCUAUAAGGGUGGUAUUCUCGCUGUUCAUUUGUCGAAUUUCAAGGCCGAGCCUUUCGACGAAAAUGCUGUGUUUGGGUUCAGUUUGGAUCGAACGUUAAACGACGCGAUGAAUCCGUAUUUAGAUAAUCACCAGGAAAGAUGUGUGCUACAAAAUAUUUCGAACGUCAAGACCGAUCUCGAGCAGAGGAACAAGAACGCGGUCAUAUAUUUCACAAUGGACUUGAAGAACUCAUUGUUAAAAGUGAACUGCAGUCGGAACAUUCAUACUGCACACAUCUACAGAGAUACUGACAUGUUGUUAGAUUACCGAAGGAAGAGAGACUCUUUCCCGACUAGGUUUAGCGAUACUGUUCUUUUCCCACGGAGAAAACGCUAUACUCCACACGGUGUCGAUAAAUCCGUUGUCGAGGAAGAGUUCGAAUCUAGAUCGGAAAGUAACGCUUGCCUGUUGCAACUACCACUGGUCGUGAAAACUAUAAAAGGAGAAAAGUAUUACAAUACGAGCUUCGCGAUGUAUGUCGGCAGCGAGGAAGAAGAGGGUCUUUAUAAUCUUUACUUUCACAAUUGUCCAAAUUAUAAAUACAAUUCUCAAGUCGCGUUAGACUUCACGAUACAAAUAUCGGAGAUUAAUAGCGGAAAUUUCCUAAGCGCGGGGGAAAUGCCUCUGCCCGCUUUAUAUUUUAUGAUGGCGCUAUUAUUCUUUUUGUCGGGUUGUUUCUGGGUAUUUAUUCUUAAAAAGAGCAAGCAUCCCGUUUUCAAGAGCCACUACCUAAUGGCAGUUUUGGUCUAUUUGAAAUCUUUGUCGCUGCUCUUCCAUGGGAUUAAUUAUCAUUUUAUUCAAACGAAGGGGGAGCACGUGGCUGCUUGGGCGAUACUAUAUUAUAUCACGCAUUUACUCAAAGGAGCCGUGCUUUUCAUUACGAUUGUUCUUGUUGGCACAGGAUGGACGUUUAUUAAACACAUUCUAGUCGGCAAAGACAAAAAGCUCUUUAUGAUCGUGAUACCGUUACAAGUAUUAGCGAACGUGGCUGAAAUAAUAAUCGAGGAAAGCGAGGAGGGAGACAUCGAACACGAGACUUGGCGGGAUGUUUUUAUUCUUGUCGACUUGCUUUGCUGCGGUGCUAUUCUAUUUCCAGUAGUUUGGAGUAUCAAGCACCUACAGGAGGCCGCGGACACAGACGGCAAGGCAGCUGUGAAUUUACGCAAGCUCAAGCUUUUUAGGCAUUUCUAUAUGAUGAUAGUUUGUUACAUCUACUUAACGAGAAUCAUAGUGUUCUUGCUCAAGAUCACGGUACCUUUUCAAUACGAGUGGCUGGACGAAAUGUUCCGUGAAAUGGCCACUUACGUAUUUUUUGUCGUUACCGGGUACAAAUUCCGACCAGCCUCCGCUAAUCCGUACUUUACUUUAACCACCGACGAGACAUCCCAGGCCGACGAAGAUGACGAAAUGGAUGUCGUUUUUUUUUCCAGUGUUUCCAGAGGUAGCGGCAUCACGGAGGGUCUUAGCAAAGUUAGCAAAGUUAGCAAAGUCUUGAGGCCCACGACGUCGGACGUUCCAUCCACUCAGGAGGAAAGGGACUCUUUGUUCAAUAAGACAGAACCUUCCCACGAAUACGAUUGAAUCGAAUAGAAAUUCUUCAUAAUAUACCGAUUUCAGUGUGGACGAAAGCGAAUAGGACUCGCUUUCCCAUCAUGUGAUAUUUCGAAAUAGUGCUAGCGGUUGAAACAACAUGUAAUACACAGAAUGUCAGAACAUGCUUGAUCAAGAGGAGGAAGUGUGGGUAAAGGUAGCCUCGAUCUCGCUCUCUCGAUCUGUUUUUGUACCUUUUUGUUGAAGCAGAUAAGCAAAUACUUAUUAAACGAUCGUUCAUUCUAUCCCCUCCCUUCCCUCUCAAAAUGGUGGUAAAUAUUUUUCCAUUAUUCGUUCUUCGUAUUCGAUUUUAUCGGAGGCGUUUUGUUUUUAUUUUAUUUCGUCAUCAAUUUGUUUUUCUCUAUACAUCAUAUUUACCAUGCGACGCGCUUCAUUCCGAGUAUCUUAUUCACUUCUCGAAACGUAAUCAAACUCGGACGUUGGAGUUCAGUGUAAUCUAUAAUUAUUGGUAGAAAAUUGUCAUAGAUAUUGGAAAAAAAUUAACGUAGAAGACGAUUUAAAAAGUUUAAUGUUUUGAAGACGCGAUGUUACGCGUGUACGCGUUAGGAGGAAAUUUCGAUGCAAGUCAGACAACAGAAAAUUUAAGUUUUGAUACGCAUCUUGUAGCUGGUUUUUUUUUUUUUUUUUUAGGCAUUUAGGAGAAUCGUAAAACAUUUCAACUUGUCUUUUCACACGACACGCUUAGUUUUUCCGAAGCGAAAAGCCCGAUUCGCGGCAAACGAUCUUGUGAUAAACGAUACGCGAAUAUCAAGUGUAUCACGAUCCAUUUUUGUAAACCAUUUGAUAACCUUUUAUGUAGAAAUAAUUCUGAUGUCAGGAGAAAACGAAGGUAAAAAAAUUGUACAGCGUUUAACGUGUCCCCACUGUGUAAUACCAAACUAUGGCUAUUACCGUUAUUACUACUUUUGUACACAAGUUAUCAUAAUUAUUGUUACAUGUGUUACUAUUAAUAUUUUAUUGUGUAUAAUAAAAGGGACGCGUUACAAAAUCAAGUUGAAAUAAUA